CGUCUUAAUAUAGUUCAUUACCCAAUACUAUACAUGUCUCUUUCAGCUUCAGUUCCAGUGAUGACUUCGAGUCAACCUGCCCCUUCUAACUCAAAGCGACGCUCUGCAAAUUUUGCUCCUAACAUUUGGCACGAUACUUUUCAAAAAUAUGCUAAUUCUGAAUCCUUGGAAGUGAACGAAAUCAUGAAAGAAGAAGUUCAAAUGCAUAAAGAAAAAGUGAAGAUGAAUUUGUCUUCUAAUGACAAUAAUAUCUUACAAAGACUAAGUUUAAUUGAUUCAAUUCAACGUUUGAGUAUAUCUUAUCAUUUUGAAGAUGAAAUUGACAGCAUAUUAGUACAAAUUCACAAUGAUUUUACCAACAAAGAUCUUGCUAUAGAGGAACGUGACCUUCAUUUUAUCGCAUUACUUUUUCGUUUGUUCCGACAAAAAGGAUAUAACAUUUCAUCAGAUGUUUUCAACAAAUUCAAGAAUAAAGAAGGAGAAUUCGAUGAAAUAAUUGUUGUUCAAGAUGUUGAAGGAAUGUGGAGCUUGUAUGAGGCUGCACAGUUAAGAUUUCAUGGAGAAGAUAUAUUAGAGGAAGCACAUGAAUUCACAUACAAUAAACUUAAGUCCAUCACCAAUCAAUUGAGUCCAUCUCUUGCUGAUCAAGUCAAUCAAUGCUUAGUACAACCUUUUCACAAGGCAAUUCCAAGAAUAUUGGCAAGGUCAUAUAUGUCUUUUUACGAAGAAGGUUCUACGCAUGAUAAAAUUCUUCUAAAGUUUGCAAAAUUAGAUUUCAAUAUGCUACAAAAAUGGUAUCAGAAAGAUGUUGGUAGUGCCACCAAGUGGUGGGAAAAGUUAGAAUUUUCGAAAAAGGUCCCUUAUGCAAGAGAGAGGAUAGCUGGGUUAUACUUCUUUCCAUUUGCUAUGAACUCUGAGCCUAAAUAUACUACUUUUAGAAGGGUGGUGGCCAAAGUGAUUCAAUGGGUGACUAUUUUUGAUGAUACUUAUGAUGUCUAUGGAACAAUCGAAGAACUUGAGCUCCUCACACAGGCAAUCCAUAGAUGGGAUAUUAGUUACAUUGAAUCUCUUCCAGAAUGCUUUAAGGCGAUUUUUAAUUCAAUUGUGGAACUUGUUGAUGAAAUAAUAGAGUUAAAUGCUGGAAGCGGAGAAUCAGACUUGAUAUUGCAAUGUCUCAAACAGGCCUUGUCUCAUUAUGCACAAGGUUACAUGGAUGAAGCAAGAUGGUGCCAUGAGGGAUAUAUUCCGCCAUAUGAUGAGUAUAAGGUUGUUGCAUCUGUUACUGCAGGAUAUGAACCGCUUACAGUAAUGUUUAUUGCUUUGGGAGAAUUUGCAACCAAAGAAACUCUUUAUUGGGUUUCUAAUAAUAUUCCACUCAUCCUACUAGCUUCGUCACUUAUUGCCAGACUCACAAAUGAUUUGGCCUCACACAAGUUUGAGCAGCAAAGAGAACAUGCUGCUUCGGCCGUAGAAUGUUGCAUGAAGCAAUAUGGCUUUUCAGAAGAGGAGGCCCAUGAAUUCAUCAAAAAGGAUAUCAAUAAUUACUGGAAGGAUAUGAAUGAAGAGUAUCUCAAGUUAAUUGAAUAUAUCCCAAGGCCAAUCCUUGAUUGCAUUGUUAACAUGGCACGCAUAUGUGAGUUUCUAUAUGCAAAUUUUGGGGAUAAAAUUACAGAUUGUGCACUCUUCAAAGACCACAUUGUGGCACUGCUUUUGGAUCCCGUGGUCGUGUAGCAGUUUUAUGAUCCUAAUAAGCUUUUGAGUGUUUGGCCUUAAUUAAUCUUUAAUUAUAUGCAUGUAUGGUGUUCUCGUCCUGUUGUUAUUGUUUGUUUGUAUUGUCUUGUAAAGAUACCAAGUUCUUUGUCAACGGUUAGUUUUUUUACGAAGUUAAAUUCCAAAAUGAUUUUUGUCGUGCACACUAAAUAAUUUUCAAAAUCCCAGUUACAUCAAUAAUAAUUAUGUGUUUGAGAUUGUUAAAAAUGUGUAUUACUUUAGUUUCAUAUUCGUUUUUCGUUAAUAACUUACUGGUGUAAUUUGAUGACAUGGAUCUUUUAGUUACAUAUGUCACAUUAUGAUUUGGUCAGAUGUAAUAAGAAUUUAAUUU